AUGUCGACCGCCGGUGCAACUCCGAUUAGUGGGAGCCGCGACCCUAAUGUCGCGUCAGCUUCGGGUUCCACUGAGUGUCUUCAAGAGGACAGCACACAUAUCGUCUUCAAGUACUCCAAGGUGCCUAUCCGCCCAGACUGCGUGGGCGUAGUCCGCAUUUGCAAGUACUGCAAUCUCGAGUUCAAGGGUGGCGCAUUUCGAUGCGCCCAGCAUCUCGCCAAGUGGAAGGGCUUGAAGUCGCGCGACGUGCGACUCUGUUCAAAGGUGCCGUUCGACGUCCGUGCAGCUGUGCGCACGCAUUACGAGCGUAAGCAGAAUGGGCGGGAGGACAAGAGGCGUGCGGAAGACGCCGCGCUUGCUGCUGUCUCUGGAGGAUCAAAGAAGGGGAGGACCACUGAUUUCCUCGGUGACGAGAAGACGUGCAAGACUCAGGCGGCGCAUGAGUCGAUCUGCCUGCUGUCCACUGACCUCCGCCUUCCCGAGCACCACACGGACCAUUCGCUAUGGCGAAAUGCUGCGAAAAUCCUGCUCAUCAACGAACCGGCGGCAGUCUUCACUGAGUGUGUCGACUGCAAGAUGGAAUCCAAGACGGGGGGCUACAUUGCCGACAUGCUCCACCCCAUCAUCGAGAAAGUGGGACCGGAUAAUGUGGUGGCGUUGUGCAUGGAUGGCGGGUCGAACUACGCGACGGCAUGCAACACGCUCGUCCUGGAGUGGCCCCACAUUGAGGUCGUGCCGUGCGCCACGCACGUCAUGGACAAGGAAUGGUGGAAGUGCGCGGCAUACUUCGUGGAGUUGUUGAAGCUCCCUUUCGUCGUGCUGCACGCUACUGACUCCACCGCCAAAGGCAUGAUGGGCCUUAUCUACGACCGGAUGCUCCAGCUCACCGAGGACAUCAACGCCAAGCUGGAGAAAGGGGAGGGAGUUCUGACCAUGGCGGAGAAGUCGGAGGUGGGUAACAUCGUGAGGCGCCACUGGGAUGGGAGCCUUGCAUGUGCAAUGCAUGUGGUCGGCAGGAUCCUGAAUCCCGCCAACCAGGAGGAAGGCAUCGUUCGCAAUGAUGUGGAGUGCAAGCGCAUUCCCAAAAGCUUCAUCACCCACCACUUCGAGGGUAAGACAGUUAUCCGCAAGGACGGUGAGGAGCGCCGGGCUUCCCUUGCGCAGGAGGGACUGACGGCGUUCCUCAACCUGGAGGGUCCUUUCGGCCUCCCUGAAGCCAUUGCCGACAAGGAGGCCAUGAAGGCCGGGAACAUCCCUGAGCCGCUUGUCCCCGAGAGAUACAAGGAGAUUGAGGAGGGGGAGGAGGAGGAGGGUGCUGACGACGUGCUUGCAGAUGAGUAUGUGGAGUAG